AUGCGAUUACUGCUUCUACUAUUGAUCGCUCCUUAUUAUGGGUUGAGUGAGCCAAAAGGAUGCGAAGAUGCGGAUCCGAAAUGCACCGAAUGGGCAACACAAGGAGAGUGCUCGACGAACGCUGUCUGGAUGAUGGCGAAUUGCAGAAAAUCGUGUCAUUCUUGUCAAGGAGGAGAGAAAGCCUGGAAGCUACGACAGCAUAUUCAAGAGACUUACAAAAACGAUACAGAAAACACGACACGAGAGGUUCGCGUUGAAAGCGUUCGGAUCAACAAUCUCGAAAUUGAUGAGAAGAAGCAAAGUGUUCGGGUGUAUGGACGAAUGGUUUUGAGCUGGAACGAUACUAAAGUCUCGUGGCAAAAGCAGGAAUGGGGCUUGUCGUGGUUGAAUUUCUAUUGGAUUCAAAUUUGGACUCCGCAAAUCGUGCAAAUCAAUGGAGGAGUUUCUUCGCCAAACACCGGCUCAGUGACAAGCAAAGUUUUGGCGGCGAACUACACCGGGAAAGUCUACCUCUGGGCCGAUUUCACUUUCUCCUCACCAUAUUCCUUUGUAUAUGAGGAGUUCCCGAAUGAUUUGCAAAGGAUCUGCUACAAAUUCGAUGAUAAACGGCUCCUCGCCGCUCGAUUCUCGGUAGCUGAAGAAGUGCGAAACAAAGAAAGAGAAGAGUUCACGGACACUCGCGUUUCGGGAUGGCAAAUUGAGGGAUUAGAGAUGAAUGAAUCCCCAUACACGAUCACAACAUUGUCCGAUUGGCAUAAGAAUCCCUUUGACAUUCAGACGGCCAACUGUGAGAUGUGUGUAACGCUUCGAAGAAACGCCGUCUAUUUUGUCUCCGAGAUGCUCUUGCCAGCUCUCUUGACCACUCUCUUCACCCUGUCAGCUGUUUUCUUUCAGCUAUCCUCCCGGCAAGCAAUGCUGUUGGCUUUUUCAAUUGUGAGCCAGUUGCUCUCGUUGCUUUUGGUCUCACAGCGUUUACCCUCGUUCACCACACAUACACCAACUAUUUUAAAAUAUGCCGGUUUUAACUUGAUAAUGACGGGUCUUCUCUUUGUCGCAUCGCUGAUUCUAGAGAGGCUCGCCUCAUCUCCCACUGACAUUCCUCCUCCACACUCGGUCGAUCGUCUUGUCUCUCUCGUUAGCUUGGUGCUUCCAUUGCCAAAGACAACGAAGCAUGAAGAUGUUUCUUUAAAGUAUGCCGCUCCGGCUCACGCCUUGAAUCAGGUGCUUUUCUGUAUUUCUUUCAUCAUUUACGUAUUCGUCAUCAUCGCGAGUUUUGUUUUU